ACGACAAGCCCAGCCCACAAGCCUUCUAAGCAACACAAGCCCACAAGCUGCCUGGAGAGCUAAAGCUGCCUUACUCUGCUCUUCAAGCUGGAAGACCAGUGGCGAAGUAACAUGAUAAGCAGAUUUUUCACUUGUGUGCUGGCCUUAUUGUGUUUCUGCCUUUCUUCUGGCUCCUAUCAACCGGAGACACUGCCUGAUAUUGGAGAUGCAGAGUUUAUUAAGGAAUGUGUGAGAACGCACAACAGAUUCCGGUCUGGAGUGAACCCCCCAGCCAGCAACAUGCUGUACAUGAGUUGGGAUCCAGACUUGGCAAAGACUGCGAAAGGUUGGGCAAAGAGAUGCGAGUUCAAACAUAACAUACACCUCCAAGAACCAGGGCAGGCUCACCCCAGAUUUACCCCUGUUGGAGAAAAUCUCUGGACUGGCUCGCUUUCAAUUUUUUCAGUGCAAGAAGCCAUCACCUCUUGGUACAACGAGGUCAGAGACUACACAUAUACCAGCAAUAGCUGUAGCGGAGUAUGUGGCCAUUACACACAGGUCGUUUGGGCUCAAAGCUACAAGGUUGGCUGUGCUGUCCACUUCUGUCCCACGGUGACAUACUUUCCAGGAACCAACGCAGCACACUUUGUCUGCAACUAUGGGCCAGCAGGGAAUUACAGACGGCACCCAUACGAGAGGGGAGCAAUAUGCAGCAAAUGCGAGGGCGAGCAGUGCAUUGACAAUCUGUGUCGAAACACUGAGCGUGACAAAGUCAUUAGUGAUUCCAGGUGGCACCCAACCUGGGACAGGCCCGCCUGCGAUGAGUACUGCAUCUCCGUGGUUGUUUUAAGGCUGUUACUUCUUAUUCUGACCAUUGUAGCCACCUGGAUCCUACCCAAAUACUGGUCUAUAGCACCUGCCACCAAGUAACACACAGGAGGCUGCGGCAGCACAGAGGUUUGUUUGUCCUCUCCCUGUGCUUGAGUCACCGGCAGCACUGGGAUGGAUGGACAUGUUUGCAUCCACAGAUCAUUCUGAAAUAAAGAAAUACCAUCUCCAUUUCAUGGAGGAGCUGGGAGAGCUGAUAAGGAGCCUUCUCAUUGUUCAGAAUCAAUAGGUGGUUUUAAAUUACCUGCUUAUUUUUCCAAAGUGGAGCACUGUGGCAGGGAUGGGUAUGCCGUGGAGCAGCUGCUCACCAUACUUCCCAGGGAGGGAGCGGAGUGUCUCCAGCCCAGCAGAGCAGACUUCUCUAUGCCUAUUGCAUUCUCUCCACAUGUACUCCUCCAGCAAGAUGCAGCAGCAUGGUUUUGGGUAGCCUGGAGAGAUUUUUUUUUCAUUUAAAGCUUUUCUUUCUGCAUAAUUUUUGGGCACAGGUGAGUUCCAGCAGGUGCAUCCAGCAGCAGGCAGUGUGUUUCCCUAUAUCACAGUGCACAGGAACCACUGGCAUUUCUCUUUGCUUAGAAUCUGUUUUCAAACUCGCAUAAUCUCUGCCAAGACACAGAGCUUCACCCACGUUUAAAUGUACCGCCUCAAACUUUUUUUUUCUUUUUCUGAGCAUGAGGUUUUUGACUUCUGCUUCAAACAAUAAACCACUAUUUCCUGCCUCCCA